ACUCAACAAAGAAUUUGAUCAGUGAUAAAAAAAAAAAGAAAGACGAAUAGAGAGAACCCAAUAUGUCUAAACUAGCCACUCUCUUGACUUUGGCUCUUCUACUGAGCUUCAAUUUAAUCUAUGCCUCCCGUCCAAACCCUUCACUUAUCAGUGUCUCUUCUUUGCAUGGGGAUGUUGCGGCUACAAAGGCAGAAGAGAUAGAUGGUGAGAGUUGUGAAGAAGGGACAGAGGAAUGUUUGGCAAGAAGGACACUUGCUGCGCAUCUCGAUUAUAUCUACACUCAGAAGGAUAAACUGGGUCAGCAUUCUGCUCUCGUAAGUCCUCUCUAUCUUCCCACUCAACACAAAGAAUCUGAGGUUCUUAGUGAUAAAAAGAGUAGAGAACCGAGUAUGUCUAAAGUGGCCACCCUCUUCACUUUAGCUCUUCUGUUAAGCUUCAAUUUAAUCCAUGCCUCCCGUCUUAAUCCUUCACUUAAAGUUUUUUCUUCUUUGCGUGAGGAUGUUGCAGCUACAAAGGAAGAGAUAAAUGAAGAGAGUUGUGAAGAAGGCACAGAAGAAUGUUUGAUAAGAAGGACGCUAGCUGCACAUGUCGAUUAUAUCUACACUCAGAAGCAUAAACCCAAACCUUAAUAUAUGGCAUAAUCACAGCACUUUCGGGACCAAAUAUAUAUAGCAAUAUACAAUAAUGAAUCAAUGAAUAUACCAUACGUAUAUAUGUGUGUACUUAUUUCGUUAGUAAACAUAUGCUUUGGUUGAAUUUUUUGUUUUCUCUUUUGGCCUUGGUUGAGUUUUGUGUAAUUCCCAUAUAUUGAUCAUUCUCCUAAUUAUUAUUCCAUGAGAGAGUGUGAUAAAAUGAAUAACACGCAUGCAUCUACUUCUUCCUGAAAA